AUGUGUCCAAACGGCAUAAUCUGCCAAUUAAAUGGACCGUACUUCGGCAGCCGACAUGAUGCAGGUAUACUCCGAAUAAGUAAGACCUAUGAAAAACUAGAAAAGCUUGUCCAGGGCCACAGCUAUUGCAUCUAUGGUGAUCCUGCAUAUCCUCUGAGGCCACUGUUGCUGAAGCCCUACAGCGGAACAUCUUCUAGUGGGCACCAGUUGCUGUUCAACAAGGAAAUGAGCGAAGUGCGCCAAGCUGUUGAAUGGGGUUUUGGCAAGAUUGCAGCCUUAUUUGCAUUUGUUGACUUUCGCAAAAAUCAAAAACUGUACCGCCAGAAUUUGCCGCAAAUGUACAAAGUAAGUGCUCUUCUGGCCAACUGUCACACCUGCCUCUAUGGCUCACAGGUGUCCACUUACUUUGGUCUUGAGCCACCAGCCUUGGAAAUGUACCUGAAUUUGCGGUGAAAUCACCUAGC